AUGUUCGUCCAGAUGGAAUGGCAUGUGCUGCAGACCUUGGACUGGACCAUCGGGCAUCCGACCAUCGACAGCUUUCUUCAGGUUGCCGUCAUGGACACCCCGUACGACCCCGAGGUUGAACACAUGGCCCUGUACAUCUCGGAGAUCAGUCAGUUCCACCGGGAGUUCGUUUCCAAGCCGUCGUCGGAUCUGGCCAAGGCCUCCCUGGCUCUGGCACGGUGCAUCCUCAACCGCCCUCAGCCUCGCCACACAGAGUGGGCUUCGCAGUAUGACUCGAUGACUCUCGUGGGUCUGUCGCAGCAGCUGCACCAGCCAUCGCAAGUGUUGUGUCGGAAAUACUCGUCGUCUCACUACUCUCGGGUGUCCAAGAUCCUGGAGCAGUUCCUUGCUCGACAGGCCUCGAUUGCCAGCUACUCGCCCCCCAGUCCCCCCGAAAGCACCCUGGGAGCCCAAGCCCUACGAAGGCGAGAUUGGCUUGGCCACGCCGCAAAAAGCACCCCACCUCUCCAACAUGCCCUCAUGGGUAUAUCACACCCCCGAUUACCCCUGAGAACGAUGCGUUUGCCAACGGGGUGGCUGGUCCGACUGCCUGUUCACCGUCUCCGACCCCUCAACCCACCAUGCCCAUUGCAAGCGCGAGCCGUCCGAGUCUAA